AUGAAUAGCUUGGCCGAUGCUGCGGCUCAAGCUUCUGCUGCCGCUGCGGCUGCAGCUUCAGCGACCGCUUCGUCUUCGGAACAGACUGUAGCUGCGCCUUCUCUGCUCACCACUUCCGCUACAGCAUCAACCGACACUCCCUCGCGUCCAGAAAGGAGCUCGAACCUUCCCGACCGUCCUCUUUCUUCCUCCUAUCCCGCCGACGAUCGGCCAAAUACAUCGAAUCGCGCACACGCUCACAUCGAUGCAUCGGCCUCGCCCGUCUCCUCGCCAGACUCUGCCUCCGACAUGAACAGGAAUUGUGCCGACACCCCCGUCCGUCGUGCACUGCUCGACACCGAAAAGCCCGAGAAGCGCGGAUCCAAUCUCGCUUGUCUCAAGUGUCGUGCCAUCAAAGUAAAGUGCUCGCGCGCAAAUGCAGACGACGAGCGCUGCAAGCGUUGCAAUCGUCUCGACCUCGUCUGCGAAUUCAAGGAGCAUCAUCGCGGCCGAAAACCCAAAAAGAGACCCAGAAGCGAAGCAGACAGUACGGGCGCCGACGAAGAAGAUCAGCUUGAGGACGACGAAGCCGAAGCUUCUUUCUCUUUCAAGGCCGACGCCACUUCGCCAGUUCAUGGCAAGCCUGCGGAGCUUUCGCGAUCGCCUCUUCCUUCCAACUCGGCGAGCUCGCUUCAGCAUCAUCAUCACCAUCAUCAUGCAUCGUCCUCCUACAAAAAGCCCGAAUCCGGUCGCUUUGAUGCCAAAGAGCCACCGCCGAAGCUUCCCAGUCCAAAGGGCUCGAUACAUGGAAGAUGGUUUGGCCCGUAUCUCCAACCCAUUCCGUCAUUUGAGGAUUCGCUGUUUCCACGCAAGCAGCAUUCGCACUCUGCUUCACAGCAUCACUCGCAGCAGUAUCGCGGACCAUCUUCAAAAGGUCAGCAGCAACACCAGCACAAUCAUUCGUAUCACCACGAUCGCAGCCGUGAACUUCCGCCGCUUUCGAUACCGUCUUCUUUGUCUUCCAACCGCAACGGCGUCAGUCCCAACGACUCGGGCGCUUGGGAUCGCACUUCGGCCUGGACUGCUACCAAGAAUAGCAGUAGUAGCACCCACCGCAUGCAACAAAGCACAUCUGCACCCACCGCCAUUGCCAACGACGUGCGCGAGGAUGUUGUGUGUCAGCACAUCAUCACCAAGGAACAAGCUCACGAACUUUUCGACUACUUUUUCGCAGAGCUCAAUCCGCCGCUAGCUCUGUUGGAUACCUCUCUGCAUACCAUGGACUACUGUCGACAAAACACGCCCAUCCUCUUUUCCGCCAUCAUCUCCGUCGCCUCUCGAUUCUUCUCCCCACAAUACCAUCGACAGUGCCACCGCGUAGCCAAGUCGAUUCUCAACCUUGCGGCAGCAGAAGAGAUCUGCACAAUUGACCACAUCCAGGCGCUCAUCCUUGUCAUCACGUGGAAGGACCCGGGAGACCGCACCAUUCUACGCAAGGCUGUUCGUGCGAUCGGCUACGCAUACGAGCUCGGUCUGCACGCCGCUUUCGGCAAUAUCGACGCGGUAGAGCCUCUUGCCUCGUCCAGCAGGACAAGCGACGCCAACCGCGACAGAUCGGACAGCUACUCGCAGCGCUACCGCAAACGUCGGGAGCGCGAUCGUCAGCGCACGUGGAUCGUGCUGUGUCUCAUCCACGAACUUGUCCGUCGUGAUGACCGCAAUCCGAAACCACGAGCGCGCGUGAUCCCCGUCGAAGACUACCCCGAUCCCUACGCCUGGAUCAAGCAGGGAGGCGACGUGCUGCUCUCUGUCGACUCUCGACUCGGGUGGUCGCUGGGUAUGUCGAUCUUGGUGUCGGAGAACGAGCCGUUUCUCGAGAUCAUCAAUCGGUCCGAGGACGCCACCUCCUUCGCAGGCUUCUUCGAACGCUUGCGAGGACGUCUCGACAUCUUGCGGCAACAGUACUUCGAUGUCAGGGAGGGCGUGUAUCACCCACGUUUUCCGAUGGACAAGUCGGCCGUGGUUGAGCUGCCUUAUCUCGAUGCAUUCCGCGACUACUACAUUUGCCAAUCAACGUGGCACUGGGCGGCCAAAGUCGCAUCACAGCGUCGGACCCGGCGAAGCGAGUUGGCCGAGCAGCAGGAUAGCGCCCGAUCGGCGUUCUGGUUCUCACAAACCGUCGACUCGGCGAUGAGGUGCCUGCGUAUCUUUGCUCAGGAUCUGUGCAAGGAUGGGCACGUACGCGUGGGGCACGACUAUCUCGUCAUCACGGCCAGCGAGAUCACCAAGUGGUUCUACCUCUAUCGAGAGCACCUCGAUGCGUCUACACUGACUGCAGGUGUCGAGCAUCUGCGUGCUGCGUUGCGAGAGUGUUCUCAACCGCAAAGGCUGGCCACGGGCGAAGUGGUCGACACGGAGAGAGAGGCGCCCGGUUACUUUGUUAGGUUCCUGGAAGCCAUUUUCGAUGCUGGUCUCAACGAGAGCGUCGAAACGGCCAAGAAGAAGCUGGCGGCCAACGUGGAAAGGUUCAGGGACAAGAAGCGGUCGUGGGAACGUGCGGCGAGGGAGCACACAGUAGAGGAGCAAUCGGAAGCGAGGCGAGAGGGUAGAGACGGUCACGACGGCAGUGCCAGCGCCAACAGUCGCAACACUCAAAGCAACAGCAACACGACCGGAGGUACAGGAUCACGUCGACUACCGUGGGCCGGAGCUCACUCGUCAUAUCAACAGCAGCAGCAGCCGCAGCCGCAGCCGUCUGGUGGGUCAGCAGCUCUAUCCGAUCGACCAAACGCAUACGCGAUGCCGGCAGGCAACAGUCCGACAUUCAGAGACACGGCAUCUGCCGCAGCAAGAUAUUCAGCAGCGCCUUCUCUGCCUCGUGGUCGUUCGGAGGUGGGACUUGACCGAUCGUCGGCGCCUUCUGUCUCAAGCGGAUCGACUUCGUUCGAGCGCGGCGGGACUGUGGAAAAGAUGCCACCUUCGCCGAGCAUGUUCAACGGGCUUGCAGAGGUGAACAGCAUGUCGACUGGUGCAGGGUCGUUGAACUCGACCAAUCCGAUCGCGCCUCAUCCCGCUUACCUCGCCUCGGCCGGAAGUGCUGCUGGCAACACAGGCCAAGCUUUGCAGACGGGUUUUGGCUCGAGACCCUGGUCGUCAUUGACUCCCAUCACGCCUUCUUGGAGCAACAAUGGGGGUGCUGGUAGUGCCAGCAUGUUGCCGGCCAACAACAACAACAACAACAACCCCGUUGGUGGUCUACCUGCUGCCUCGAAUCCGGAUUAUAAUCUGACUUUCGGUGGCGCUGAGAUGAUGACGCCAAGCGCUGUUGAGGAGUCGAUGGGUACAACGGCUGGUGCAUCUGUUGGUGGUGCGAACGUAGUUCCACUGGCGGGCGACAUGGGCAAGAACUCGAUCGAGGGUCUAGCAGCAUGUCUCAACGCGCGUGAUUUGACCUACUGGCAGGACAUUUUGGGAUUCGAUCUGCCUGGUACUGCCGAAUAG